GUCAUUUUAUUUUUAUCAUACAUUUUAUUUUGUGGAAGUUGUAUACACAUAAAGUUCAUCUUGUUUAUGUAAAUAUCUUAAAAGAUCAAUUAUGGAUAUUAUUAAAUUUUCUACUGAUGAUAUGAACAUUGCUCGACGACAAUAUUCACAAAAAACAACAUUUAAAGAUAAAUUUGAAGUGGCAUGGAAUUUUAUAACUCCAUAUAUUAAAGAAAUUCGUGAUAAAAUUAAUAAAACAGUUGGCCAAUCAAUGAUCUGGAGGGAAAUUGGUAACAAAGAAUACACGACUGCUAAAAAUAAAGAUUAUUUAUGCAAAUCAAUUGAAGCAUACACAAAGAGUAUUGCUUUUGCACCAGUUGGAUCCAGUGAAUUAUCAUUGGCAUAUGCAAAUCGUUCAGCUGUAUUGUUCAGGGCAAGACUCUAUGAAGAUUGUCUUCUUGACAUUGAACGUUCAUUAAAGGCAGGCUAUCCAGAUAAAUUAAAAACAAAAUUAUUUUUACGCCAAUCAUUGUGUUUAAAGGCCUUGAAACCAAGCUCAGAACUUGAACCAGGUGUUUCAAUAGCCAGUGCAAUUCAGUGGCUUCCUGACUUGAAAAAAUAUAAUCCAACAUACGACAUUACCAAAGAGUAUCCAAAGAUGAUCAAUGAUCUUAAAGAACCACGUGAAAUUAUUAAAUUUAUACCAGAAAUAAAAAAUGAUAAUGCAAUAAUAGUUGAUGCAUCUGAUGCAAUUGAAUUGAAAAAAACAAAUGAUAAUAAUCAGCAUAUUGUUGCAACAAGAGACAUCAAGAGUGGUGAAUUCAUUUACAUUUCUGAGCCAUUUGCAGCAACUAUUAAUGAUAAACUACGUUUUACUAAUUGUUGGCAUUGUGGUCGCCAAACUUGGGCUGGUGUACCAUGUGAUAAUUGUCCAAACGUCAUUUAUUGUUCUGACACAUGUAAAAAGAAAGCAUGGGCCAGUUAUCAUAAUACUGAAUGCUUAGUAUUAGGGCAACUUUUAAAACUUGACAUCUUAUUUAAUACAGAGAAAAGUAUGACAGUCAAAUUUUUGUUAAAAACACUAAACUCAGCUGGUGGUUUACUUGCAUUGAAAAAAAAAGUUGAUAGUAUUGACUCGAUAAAAAAUCAAGGAUCAAUAUUUAGCAAUGGUAUUCUUGAUGUUAAUACAAUUGAUAAUUUUCAUCUUCUUAAUUAUCAUGAACCAAAAUCAAAUAUGUGUCCUCUUGAUUCAGCAUUAACUGCGGUAGUGAUUGUUACAAUUUUUUGUCAAAACACAAAUAUAUUAGGUAAAAAAAUGACAUUGAAAGAUUUGUUUAAAAGUAAAAAUAAAAAAAUAUUCAUUCUUGGAGAACUAAUAUUGCGAUAUACCAUGAUUGAUUGUUACAAUAGUCAAUCGUUUGUAGAUGCGGAUAACGUUGUGUGGUACACAGCCUUGAUACCAUUUUGUAGGAUUAUAAAACCAAGCUGUGAUCCCAAUGUCAAUUGGACUUAUGUGGGCUCAAAUGUUGGAUAUUAUGUUUGCAAACCAAUAAAACAAGGAGAACUGAUACAUGGGAGUUCUUUUGGAUCAUAUCAUACGUCUUCAAAAUUAGAACGAUAUUUUCGAUUACGAGACACUUGUGAUGAUGCUCAACCAUGUGAAUGUACAGCAUGUGUUGAAAAUUGGUCAACUAUUCAUUCUCUUCCAUCCUACCAGAGUAUGACAUUGUCGACAAGAAUCAAGAUAGAAUUGAAUUGUAUGAUGCUAAAACUCAAAGAAUGGCAGAAGCUUAUCCAGCAGGGAGAUCGUAAAGAAUUAUUAACAAUUAAGGAUGAUUUAAAUAGAAUGAACGACAUGUUUCAUCAAUAUAUCACUGUUCCUUGUAGAGAAAUAUCAGAAUUGUAUGUAUCACACAAAAUGUUUUACAGUCGACUACGUCUUGCUGAUGAUACUCUUAAUUAAAUUUUUCUUGGAUUAUAAAUAUAUAUCUUUUAUGAUUUAAAUAAUUUUUUUCAAUAAUUUAAUUACUUUCAUAUGGUUAAAUGCCAUUUUUUGAAAAUAUGACAAUUUUUUUCAAAUAAUACAACUUAAAUUAAUAAAUUAAACAAUAAAUCAAUAUUUAUCAUUGAAUAGAAACUAUUGGUGUUUAACUAUUACCUUAAUUUAAAUUAAUUUAUAUAUAUAUUCUCAUAAGAACAUUGGCAAUAAUUUAAUAACUUUUAUAUGCUUUAAAAUUCCAAAAUUUAUUAUUUAAAUUCAACGAACUUAUUGGAUUCUUGCUAUUUUCAUUUUUUUUUUAAUUUGAUCAUUUUUUUGUAUGGUAUUUAUACAAAAUAAAAAAAUUUAAUGAA